AUGGUCAAGCUUACCAGUUUCGUUGCUGCCGCAUUAGUCAUGGGGGCCUUUGCUCAUCCAGGUGCACACGAGGAAGACACCCUCGAUCCCAUGGCGAAGCGAGCAUUCUUGGCUCAGUCGCGUCGAGGCCUUGAAGCUUGUGCCAAGCACCUGGAAGCACUUGGUACCACCAAGAGGGCAGAAGCUCAUCGUCAUGCACUUGUUAGUAAGCAUCUAAAGAGAAAUGCUAAUGAAGGGAAGCCUCUUGAUACUCGCGACACCGACAUGGUCCUUGCAACAGAUCACCAUUCCAACUUAACUGGAAUCUCGCUUAAUACAGACUCCAAUGUCUUCUUUACCAACACCAGCUGCAUUUUGUCCCCCGAUGGUGAGAUUGGACCCUUUUGGGUUAAGGGCGAGCUGUUGCGCGAGGACCUCAUUGAUGACGAGCCUGGUGUUGUCAACUAUAUGCACGCUCAAUUCAUCGAUAUCAAGACUUGUGAGCCAAUGCAGGGCCUCUACUGGGAUGUCUGGAACUGCAACUCGACUGGUGUCUACUCUGGGGUUCAGGACAGCAGUAAUGGAAAUGGCGACGACGCUUCCAACCUCGACCGCACCGCUCUUCGUGGUAUUCAAGAAACAGAUCAAGACGGCAUCGCUGUAUUCAAACCCAUCUUCCCAGGUCAUUACAGUGGACGAGCGACCCACGUUCACGUCGUCGCCCACGUCAAUGCCACUCUGCUCUCGAAUCAGACCCUCUCAGGUGGUAGGGUUUCACAUAUCGGUCAGCUUUUCUUCGACCAAGAUCUUAUCACUCAGGUUGAGGCCACUUAUCCUUACAACACAAGCGACGUUGAUAUUACUCUAAACUCAGAGGAUCGCGUCUUUGGCCUAGAGACUGAGGAUAGUGAUUCAGAUCCUGUGUUCAAAUAUGUCUUUCUUGGCGAUAGCAUUGAGGAUGGAAUUUUCUCCUGGCUCACUAUCGGAGUCAACGCAACUGCUACAUACUCCACCAGUUAUGCGGCUUAUCUGACUAAGGAUGGAGGUGUUUCUAACAGUAACUCCGAGGGUGCUGGAUCUGGCGGUCCCGACGGCACUCCUCCUGCGGGUUCCUUUACGUCUGCCCCUUCAGCAUAA